AUGUCCACUGCUGUUCCCUUCAAGUAUUUCAUGAGCAAGUUUAGAUGUUUUUACUGUCCUAAAGACUUCAAUGAGUGCGAUGACCUUAAACAGCAUACGAUAAUCGAACAUCCCUUAUGCGACACCAAAUUGAAAUCUAUGAAGCUACGUCACAGACAUGACGGCGUUAUCAAAGUAGACACUUCGAACUUAUCAUGCAAAAUAUGCUUUGAAAAUAUACAAGAUUUAGAAUCUCUAAUAGACCACUUAAACAACGAACAUAAAAUAUAUUUUGAUAAAUCUUUAUCCGGCAACUUGCAGUCUUAUAAACUAAUAAAAGAUAAUUUUCCUUGUCCAUUCUGUGGGGAAGUUUUUAGGUAUUUCCGAACUCUCUUGAACCAUGUCGUCAAAUUGCAUUCGGAUAAUAAAAAUAUAUGUAUGCACUGCGGAAUGGCGUUUAGGAACGCUCCGAAUUUGCGAACUCAUAUCGCUCGCCAUCAUAAAGCAGCUAAUUUCAAAUGUGCUAUGUGUGAUUUAAGUUUCUUUUCGAAUUACUACCUCCAAACUCAUUUGGGACGGGUACACGGAACCAAAGUUGUGGAGUGCGUCGGAUGUCAUGAAAAGUUUACUUCAGCGUAUGAGAUGCAAAGGCACAAGAUAGACGUCCAUAGUUCUGGUCACGAGUGCUCCUAUUGCCAUAAAUUGUUUACUGGAAAGUCUUCCGUCGUUGACCAUAUAAGAAGGACACAUUUAAAGGAGAAAAACAUGGUAUGCACGGUGUGCCAUGAGAAAUUCUUCGAUGGACAGAGUCUGAAGGUGCAUAUGGUGAAACAUUAUGGAGAAAGAAAUUUUCAUUGUGAUUUAUGCGGGAAGAAAUUUCUCUGGAAGAAAAAUCUUAGAGAACAUAUGACUUCGCACAGUAAAAGUUCGAUUUGUCAAUUUUCGACGUGA